AUGCAGAAAAGCUACACUAAAAUUUGGCACUAUGGGACAUAUAUAAUGAUAGGUAUUCUUUGUGUUCUGCCUCUGGGAUUUACUUAUCCAAUGAUUGCUCAUCCAGCAUACGUUGAAUACAAUCCAUUAUCGGACACUUAUGUAGCAAGAACUCAUGCGGAUUUAUCUUUUUUGUACUCUGCUUUAAUCGUAUGGAUGAUUGUCACAAUAAUUCUAAGCGUUUUCGUGAAUACCCUUUGCUGGUAUAGAAUUUCAAAGUACAGUCAACAGACACGACAACAAAGUGAAUAUCGCUUAUUCUUGGUUUCGUUCGUCACUUUUUUAUUUCAAAUUGCGGCUUUCAGCAUUGGGACAAUAAACAAGAUCUCAGCGGAUGUAGAUCCAUCGAAACUAUUAUUAAUCAGCAGAAUUGGGCAAGUAUUGAGUCCAUUUGCAAACGAUCUGCUCACUCUUACGACUCCAUAUGUUUUGAUUAUUUUCAGCAAACGGAUGGUCUCCAAAGUUCUCUUUGUCGCUCUUUUCAUUGCUGUCUCCUGUGCGCUGGCUGCUGAGAAUUCCGCUUCCACAUCUGGUGCUACAUCAACUGGCACCGCAGCGCCAGCAACAGGAGCUGCUUCCUCCGCUCAACCUAACCCAACAGUUUCAAACGGAACCAGCACUUCUGCUCUCCCAACUGACAACUCAACUGUUUCAGUUGACGUUUCUACAACUACUGUUGCCACAACAACAAAAUCCACUCAUACAACAACUGUGCUGCUCUCAAUGGUUCCGAUCGCCAUCUCAAUGCUCAUCUAA